AUGGCUUUCUUGCGCCGGCAUCUGCCAAGCCUUGCGCGUGCAGCGCGCGGGGCUGCCGAUGGUGGUAGAGGGCCGCGCAUCCUACGGUCGGAGGUGUCGGACAUCACCUUCCACUUCGCGGUUGAGGAGUACCUCAUGAAUGCGGAGAAGCUGACUGCUCCGCUGAUGUACCUCUGGAGACCGCAGCCGGUGGUCACCAUCGGACGACACCAGAAUCCUUGGAAAGAGUGUGUUCUCUCGCAGCUGGAUGAGGACGGUGUCGCCUUGGUCCGCCGGCGAUCCGGGGGCGGCGCCAUCUUCCAGGAUGCUGGCUGCUCUGUUUUCACCUUCUUGUUCCCAUCGGCGGAGUUUGACAUCGACCGCAACCUCGAAACGGUUCUGGGCGCACUAGGCCGCCUGGGUGUCCAGGCUGAGAAGAAGGGCCGCAAUGAUCUCACCUUUGAAGACAAGAAGAUCUCCGGUAGCGCUUUUAAGCACGCACCGGAUCGCGGGGUGUCCCUGCACCACGGCACUGUUCUUGUGGACACCGACCUCACUGCCCUCCAGAGAUACCUGACGCCGGACAAGCGCAAGCUGCAAGCCAAGGGCAGCUACCUCAGCGGGUCGAAGAGCUAA